CCAUGGCUACCACCCACUAUCCUGUCGACAGCUCUACCGAGUCACUGCACACCCGAGAACGACUUCCUGCUUCAACUAAGUAGGACCUUCAACACUUGUAUCCCUACGCCACUCGCCCUCGUCUCGACGCUGUUCGGCAUUCUCAGUAUCAUCGCCUGGUUGUUCGCACAGGUACCGCAGAUUUACAAGAACUGGAAGUUUCAGAGCACUUCCGGCCUAUCGAUAUGGUUCCUGGUGGAGUGGUUUGGCGGAGACGUCGGCAACCUGUUGGGCGCGCUCUUCACCCACCAAGCGACUUGGCAGGUAACAAUCGGCGCAUACUACGUUUUGGUGGACAUGUGUCUCCUGGGACAGUGGAUCUGGUAUGAGAAGUUGCGGCACGGACAGACCCCGGACGGCGAAGGCCGCUCUGCUGCUGGCCAGACGGCACCGAGAACCAUCUUCAGGGCACCUACAUUCGACAAGAGUUCGAACGACGCCGAAAAGUCCUCGCUGAGCAGCAGCGGACAGCCUGCCACCCCCGGCGGGAGGACACUCUACAGAGCGGGCAACGGCACGGCAUCGUCGUUCCCGUCUCCGUCACCACGGACCAUGAUGAUGAUCGCCUGCCUCAUCGCCGUGGUAGCAGCUUCGCCCAUCCAACAGCAAGACGCCGCCCCCGGACAACACGGAGCUCUGCCGCAGACGUCGGAUCGACGACCGCACCUCGAGGAAGCGCCACCGACCGCUCUCGAGCAAGCCGGCUCCCUCCUCGCAUGGACCUCCACCUUCCUCUACCUCGGCUCCCGCCUCCCCCAGCUGCUCAAAAACUGGAAGCGGAAGUCCACCGCCGGCCUCAGCUUCCACCUCUUCCUCGCGGCCUUCUGCGGGAACUUCUUCUACUCGGCCGCCCUCCUCACCAACCCCAACGCCUGGUCCGACUUCGAGCCCUACGGCGGCGGCGGCUGGGCCGGUGCCGCCGGCAACGACCGCGCGCGCUGGAUCCUCAACGGCCUGCCCUUCUUCCUCGGCGCCGCCGGCGUCCUGGGCCUGGACGCCAGCGUCGGCAUCCAGUUCAUGAUCUACGGCGAUGCGGCGCAGAAGCUGGUCGUGCUCGACGAGGAAACCGACGGUGAGGGCGGCGGCGGUGGCGCCCAAGACCUGAUCCGCAGCGUCGUCCUCCUCGACGCCGACCGCCGCUCGUCCUUCUCCGCCGCCACCGACGAUUCCCGAUGGCGCUGGCGUCGCGUCAGCGGCUGGAUGCGCGGCUGGAUCCCCACCGGCAGCGAGCUGGGCGCCGCCGGCCCCGACGAGCGGGAGGCUCUGUUGCGGCCGGUGUCACGGCAAGGCGGAGGAGGAGGU